AUUUUGAAAGCUCCUACCGGAAUCCCAGUGUUUUCUGCAAGUAAGCGUGACACCUGUCUGCACGCAGUGGCACCGGCCAGUGCGGAAGGUUCGGGGAGACAAACCGGAUUAGGGCACCUCUACCUGGGGCAGAAAAGUGCUUCCCUUGAACCCGAAGGAGACACCGGGGGCUCCUCGAGCUUGACGCCAGCGAGCGGUGCGCGCCUGCGGUGUGGAAGGAAGGAAGGAAGGAGGGUGCUGGCGGUGCCUCAACACGGAGCACCUGGAUGAGCGGGGAGUACCGGGAGCACCGCAACGCCGCGGGGACGAAACGCUCCUUUUCUUGGAUGCCUCAACGCCGGUGAAGCAAGCGUGUACCAAGAGGGGUUGCUUUAUGGAAGAUUGUGGUCCUCUUCUGCCCGUCGUCGUGCACUUGUGUCCGGGAUGGGGAAGGAGCAGGAGCUGCUGGAGGCCGCCCGCACUGGGAACGUGGCCGUGGUGGAGAAGCUGCUGAGCGGCAAGAGAGGCAUCCUGGGCUCGGGCUCGGGUUCCAUUCCGCUGCCCAACCUGCUGAGCAUGUGGAAGGGCCUCAACGUCAACUGCACUGACAGCUCAGGAUACACGCCGCUGCACCACGCCGCUCUCAACGGACACAGGGAGGUGGUGCUGAAGCUGCUCCAGUUCGAGGCGUCCACCAACAUGGCGGACAGCAAGGGCUGCUUCCCGCUGCACCUGGCCGCCUGGCGGGGCGACGUGGACAUCGUGCGCAUCCUCAUCCACCACAGGCCCUCGCACUGCCUCGUCAACCAGCAGAACCUCGAGCGGGACACGGCGCUGCACUGCGCCGCCCAGUACGGCCACUCGGAGGUGGUGUCGGUGCUGCUGCAGGAACUGACGGACCCCACCAUGAGGAACAGCCGGCAUGAGACGCCUCUGGACCUGGCGGCGCUGUACGGACGCCUGCAGGUGGUCUGCAUGUUGGUGAGCGCUCACCCCAACCUCAUGAGCGUGCACGGGCGGCGACACACGCCGCUGCACCUGGCCGCUCGCAACGGACACCACAGCACCGUGGUCACACUGCUGCAGGCCGGCAUGGACGUCAACUGUGUGACGGAGAAUGGCAGCGCCCUCCACGAGGCCGCUCUCUUUGGGAAAAUGGACGUCGUUCGCCUUCUGCUCGAAUCAGGGAUUGACACUAAUCUGAGAGAUAGUCAGAGGAGAACGGCUCUGGAGAUCCUGAGAGAGCAUCCUGCUCCCAAAUCCCAGCAGAUCACUGCUCUUAUCCAAGAAUAUGUGACGGACGAGAUGGAGAGACGCAGCGUGGUGGAGGAGCCGGUCCGCAAAUGUCCCAUCCCCGCACCAAGAGCCUCCAUCUCCUCGCCCUCGGGCUCCCCUUCCCUCAAACACAAGAACGACGCUGUGACCAGUGAGCUGUCCAAGCUGCUCCAUGAGAUCAAAAAGUGUCGGGACAGAGACUACUCCUUUGAAGAGCUCUGCCACACCAUCUCCUCACACUCCAUGGACAGCUUUGGCAGCGGGCGGCUCUCGGACGACGAGCGUCUGGACGGCGCGCCCAACGGCACUUUGACACGUGUCACCAAGACCCCGCCCUUCCAGGAAGAGGAAGAUGAGUCCGACAGGAGUUGCGGCCCGGCCGGAUUCUGGGAAGCGUUGACGCCCUGCAACGGCUGCCACAACCUGGGCUUCUCCAACUUGUCGCAGGACUCCAAGCGCUCGGAGGAGGUGGUCGCGUCUCCGUCGCUGGACGUCUUCCUCCCCGACGACGAGGACAACCCUUACGAGUCGGUCACCACCGCCGUCACCCGCAAACCCUGCUCGUUGGACAUCAGCCACGCCUGUCCACGCAACGGUCACUUGUCCCAUGGAGCGGGAACCAAUGAGGGGGAGCACGGUAACCAUGGAAACCACUCCACGGGCCCCACUCCAGACUGCUCCCCCCCCUCCCCCGACACGGCCCUGAAGAACAUUGAAAGAGUCAUCCGCCCACAGCCCAAACAGCGCACCUCCCUGUCCUCAUCGCUGGACGUCCAGCGGACCGUCAAUCACAGCUGCGAGCCCAGCGAGGUGAGCUCGUCCCUGGGGUAUGCCAGCUUCAGCACCAGCCCCCCGGCCAGCCCCCCCUUCAGCCCCAACCAGGACCAGGACUCGGCCGGGUCCAACGACGACUGUCCCCUUGCAGACGACGCUCCCUACCCUCACGUGUCCCCCAACGCUGCGAUAGACGACCGCAGAAAGAGCCACAUUCCGGAAGAAUUUGUGGGCCUCCUCCACGGAUCCUCCCCAGCCUGCGAGACCCCUGACACGCCUUACCACCUCUAUAGCCCCAAACCUAGCAAAAACCUGCAGGCGCCUGAUUUCAGCAACGUGAUCAAAGGAGCUCCGUCGUCGUCGUCCUCCUCAACAACCCAGAGGACCACCGCUAGCCCCCAGAAACCCCGAGUGGUCUAUCGGACUGUGUUCCACACUAGGGUCAACCAGGACCAAACCAGGCCGGGACUGGUGGAUUGUUUCCCUCUAGCCGGCUCCUUUCCAUCUGAAGCUAACGGCGAACUACCGCAGUGCGGAGGCAACGUCCCCAAGGGUGGUGCAUCGGGCCCCGGCUACGAGGAGAGGGCCUGCACCCUGGGGAGGAUGAGGUCCAUGCCCCGCAGCGUGCUGGACCUGCAGCUGUCUAAAUCCUUGUCCAAGUCUGACUCCAACCUGGUUGCUGUGUCUCCCAUUCAGGAGGAGAAUAUUAGUUGUUCUGGAUCUCGCGGUCAAGAUUCCGGCGGCGGUGGCGGCACCAUUUCGACGGGAAAGCUGGAAAGAACACCCUCCUUCACGGCCGAGUGGGAGGAGAUCGACAAAAUAAUGAGCUCCAUCGGGGCGGGGAUCGGCAGCGGAAUGGACGCGAAGGCGGUCACUACAGGUCCCCGCUGCCCGCUGCAGUCCGUGGGCCAGUGGCUGGACUCCAUCGGCUUGGUCCAGUACGAGAACCACCUGCUGGCCAACGGCUUUGACAACGUCCAGUUCAUGGGCAGCAAUGUGGUGGAGGACCAGGACCUGCUGGAGAUUGGCAUCCUCAACUCGGCACACAGACAGCGCCUCCUGCAGGCCAUACGGCUGCUGCCCAGGGUGAGGCCGGUUGGCUACGAUGGCAACAACCCAACGUCGGUGGCCGAGUGGCUGGAGUCUCUGGAACUGGGCGACUACACCAAGUCCUUCCUCGUCAACGGCUACACGUCCAUGGAGCUGGUCAAGAAGAUCUGGGAGAUCGAGCUCAUCAACGUUCUGAAGAUUAGUCUCAUCGGCCACAGGAAGCGGAUCUUAGCCUCGUUGGGCGACCGGCUACUCGAGGACACGCCCCAGAAACCUCCGCGGGCCAUCUCCCUACGGGAGCCCGGCGGGAACCACACGCCCCCACAGCUCAGCCCGGCGGUGGGCCCGGCGGCGUACACGGCGGGCAUCCCCGGCGGAUCGCUGGACGUGCAGCACCUCAUCAUGCAGGCGGAUGCGCGGCGCCGACAACGCAGCAACGACAACUACUUUGACGACGUGCCGCGGUCUAAACUGGAGCGGCAAAUGGCCCAAGUCAGCAUGGCAGGCGAGUGGUGCGAGCCCAUCACGUUGCGUCCACCAAACGAGGCCACCUCAUCCACGCCGGUGCAGUACUGGCAGCACCACCCCGAGAAACUCAUCUUUCAGUCAUGCGACUACGAAGCCUAUUAUUUGGGCUCCAUGCUGGUGAAGGAGCUGAGAGGUACCGAGUCUACGCAUGACGCUUGUGCUAAAAUGAGGAAGUCUACGGAACAGAUGAAGAAAGUGCCGACCAUAAUCCUGUCCGUGUCUUACAAGGGAGUCAAGUUCAUCGACGCCACUAAUAAGAACAUCAUCGCAGAGCACGAGAUCCGCAACAUCUCGUGCGCGGCCCAGGACCCCGAGGACCUGUCCACCUUUGCCUACAUCACCAAAGACCUCAAGUCCAGUCACCACUAUUGCCACGUCUUCACCGCCUUCGACGUGAACCUGGCGUACGAGAUCAUCCUGACGCUGGGCCAGGCCUUCGAGGUGGCCUACCAGCUGGCCCUGCAGGCGCGGAAGAGCGGCCACGGCUCGUCCACGCUGCCCGAGAGCUUCGACGGAAAGCCCGGCAAACCCGUGCCAAAGCCUCGCGUCAACAUCCGCAAAUCCAUGGAGCAGGCGUCCAUGGAGCAGAAGGGCCACGCCAACGUGCCGUGGAUAGUGGAGCCGGCUCAGGAGGCCAAGAGAGGAGUCAACACCAAGUACGAGACCACUAUUUUUUAACAUACACCCCCCCCUUCCCCCGUCCUCCGCCCUCCGCCUUGUGCACUCCUGCGUGUGUGUGCCUUUUCAGAGAGGUCGACCCUUCCCACCUCCCGCCGUACCGUUGAGGUUUUUUCGGUGGGGCUCCAGCACCGCGCGCCGCCGCCGCCGCCGCUGAUGAGCAGACACAAAGCGAAGCUUCCCCCUUCCCCCUCCCCUCUCCUCUUCCUCCUUUGUUAGGCCGGCCUGUCCACUGCAUGAUGACCUUUUGGUUCCUCACAUCGCCAUGACGCAUGACCUUUUGAACCCAGGCCUGUGGUUGAGGUGCGUCCCCCCCCCAAUCCCCAACACUCCACUUCUUAUUUUUCGAGCUGUUCUUUUUGUUCUCAUUCAUCUUCCUCCGUCCUUCGCUCUUAAUUGUCCUCCCGAAACAUGAAUGCGAAACGUCUUUAAAUCCCGCUAAGAGGAGAGGGGCACCUUUUCAUUUGAAACACUAACAAACUUGUCGUUUAUUUUCUUUUACUUCAAACACAGGAAGUUGAUCGUGUGUGUUUUGUAUCCUCCCACCUGGCGGUCGUUGUUUUUGAGUAACGGUUGGGGAGCGGGUGGGGGCGAGCUAAAAAGGUGUCUUCAGCAUGUUGCUUGUGAGACGCAUGGUGGCCAUUUUGUCGGAGGGUGGCGUUGCAGAGGCGGAGCUCAUGUGAGGGCUCUCUCGAUAAGUGAUGUCAUCUCAUUUGCAGGGCAGUGGCGGACGCUCAUGUCUUUUACUGCGGAAAUCAAAGAAUGUAGCCAGCCGUAAACACGGACCUUGUCGCACGUAGAAUACAAAACAGGACGCUCUUGCACACUUUUGAAAGGACUACAAACAUGGACGCCAUCCCCCUCGCCCCAUUUCCCCAAUCCCCGUGUUUAAGGUUGACUACACAUCGUUCCCAUCAUGCACUGAGGCUUGACACACUGGACCAACACACACACACACACACACACACACACACAAACUGCAUGGCAACAAACCGUCCACUCUGAAUGUUUGAACGCAGCCCCCGACCUUUGAACUUUUGGGAGGUCUACACAGAGAUGGACAGCCGGCACGUGUCAAUGUUGCUUUUUUUUUUUUUUUUUUUAAAUACACUUGAAGGCGAGAAGUUUAAAAACGAUCUUCUGGUAUCGGCCGACAUUUCAAUGUUUAACAUGAGAGUAUUAUUAUAUGACCAUGAUGAUAUCUUGUCCAAUUCUUGUCUACUCUUGUCUUAAUGUUACAUUAUUUUUCUACGCGCUUGAGACCGGCGGCCCCUUUAAAAAGAAGCGCGAAUGUGUCGACCCUCCAUCACUUCUCAAGGGGCUCUUCUCUCGCAGAUGGACUAUUUUUCAAAGGUAGUGUCGCUCUAUUAUUUGGAUCGGAGACUAUCCGCGUAUAAAAUGUACAUAGAUAUUUUGCCAACUCAUUGUUCAUACCUGUAAUGUAAGAGAUGGACAGAAUAAUAAAGGACUUGCAGUAUGUGGCACUGGAAAGGAGCUACCAAAAUAAAGAGUUUGAAAAGUGGUAGAUUCUGUAGAGAUGUAUUUGGCGUGAUAUCACUGCUGACCAACUCAUGUAAAUAGGCUUGGGCUUCCAGCACGCUGAUUUUUUGUAAUUUUUGCCAUUAUUUAUAACCCUGUAAAGCACAUGGAAUAAAAUAUGACUUGUACAACCAUGA